CAGAGGAGCCAGUGGCAGAAGCUGCUGUCACUUCCAGUGCAGCACAGGCAGAAGCACAGAGAUCCAGUGAGCCGGGCUGGCACAUCAGUACGCCAACCUGGGCAGGGGGCACUUGUGUGACACUCCCUCCCGCUGAGCAGAGAAGCGCUGCCCAGGGCUGCCAAGCAAUCGCAGUAGAGGAUUUAUCCAUUAAAGCCACCAAUCGGAUCUAUUUCUUGGCUCUAUUUUUUUUAAAGCCACCCAUUGUGCAAUAGCCUUUUUUCUUCUAGUUUUGCUGGUUGGAUGAGCUUUUUUUCCUCUCCUGGACAACGCCAUAAGACAUCAAGUAUCCCCCUCCCCUCUCCUCCCUUACCCCUUUUCCUCCUCCUCCCCUGCCACCCUCCUUUCUCAAGCUGUCCCCUCCUCUCAGCACACAGAUCACCUGCAGCCCCCCCACCGCUACAUUAGCGUCCUCCUCCCCCAGCCCCAGGGGCCAGGACCAUCCUGUGUGGGGUGCCAGUCAGCCCGAGGGGGGUAACAGAUAAUAGACAGAGAGGAAAAGGGAGGAGGAGGAGGAGAAGGAAAGGUGGGGGGUGAGAGGAAAGCGAGGGAUCGGGAGGAGGAGAAGGUGGUGGCGGUGGUACAUGAAGAGGCAGAGAAGGGAAGCGGUGACCAUGAAGACCAUCAGGAAAGUGCUGGAUAACUUGGCAGCAGCUUCCUCCUCUUCUUCAUCGUCUUCAACAUCCCAGCCUGGCAAUAGGGAGUUGGACAUCCCGGAAACCCUCCAGUCCGAGCACUUCCAGCUCUGCAAGACUGUCCGUCAUGGAUUCCCCUUCGAACCUUCAGCCUUGGCUUUUGACCCAGUGCAGAAGAUCCUUGCAAUUGGAACUCAGAGCGGGGCUCUACGGCUGUUCGGUCGGCCAGGAGUUGAAUGCUUUUGCCAGCAUGACAGCGGAGCUGCGGUAAUCCAACUUCAGUUCCUGAUUAAUGAGGGAGCGCUUGUGAGUGCCUUGGAGGAUGACACUUUACACCUAUGGAAUCUCCGACAGAAGAGACCUGCCAUACUACAUUCCUUGAAAUUUAACAGAGAAAGGAUAACAUUUUGCCACCUGCCUUUCCAGAGCAAAUGGCUGUACGUGGGCACCGAAAAAGGAAAUAUUCACAUAGUCAACGUGGAGUCGUUCACUCUCUCAGGCUACGUCAUCAUGUGGAAUAAAGCCAUUGAACUGUCAUCCAAAUCACACCCAGGGCCUGUUGUGCACAUCAGCGAUAAUCCAAUGGAUGAGGGAAAGCUCCUGAUUGGUUACGAGAGUGGAAUAGUCGUAUUAUGGGAUCUCAAAUCAAAGAAGGCUGAUUACAGAUACACCUAUGAUGAGGCUAUCCAUUCCGUUGCUUGGCAUCACGAAGGAAAACAGUUCAUAUGUAGCCAUUCAGAUGGUACCUUGACCAUAUGGAAUGUACGAUCUCCAGCCAGGCCCAUACAGACAAUCGUACCACAUGGUAAACAGAUAAAAGAUGGUAAAAAGCCAGAGCCAUGCAAGCCUAUCCUUAAAGUGGAAUACAAAACAACAAGAUAUGGGGAGCCUUUUAUUAUACUAUCUGGUGGCUUAGCAUAUGAUACAGUUGGAAGAAGACCAUGCUUAACGGUCAUGCAUGGUAAAAGUACAGCUGUUUUGGAAAUGGAUUAUUCUAUUGUGGAUUUUCUAACCCUUUGCGAAACUCCAUAUUCUAAUGAUUUCCAGGAACCCUAUGCUGUGGUCGUCCUCCUAGAAAAAGAUUUAGUUGUUAUAGAUCUUGCACAAAAUGGAUAUCCUAUAUUUGAAAACCCCUAUCCUCUGAAUAUACACGAAUCUCCUGUUACAUGCUGUGAAUACUUUGCUGAUUGCCCCGUGGACCUCAUUCCCGCACUUUACUCGGUCGGCGCUAGACAAAAGCGACAAGGUUACAGUAAAAAGGAAUGGCCUAUCAGUGGCGGAAACUGGGGAGUAGGGACACAAAGCUAUCCGGAAAUAAUUAUCACAGGUCAUGCAGAUGGAUCAAUUAAGUUUUGGGAUGCCUCGGCGAUAACACUGCAAGUCCUUUACAAGUUGAAGACAGCCAAGGUUUUUGAGAAAUCUCGAAAUAAAGAUGACAAACCAAGUACAGAUAUUGUAGAUGAAGAUCCGUAUGCCAUUCAGAUGAUCUCUUGGUGCCCAGAAAGCAGGAUGUUGUGUGUGGCAGGUGUUUCUGCCCAUGUAAUCGUUUACAGAUUCAGCAAACAGGAAGUGACGGCAGACGUCAUACCGAUGCUGGAAGUGCGACUGCUUUAUGAAAUUAAUGACCUAGAAUCCCCUGACAUUGAACAAGUGCCAACUCCAAGUGGAGGUCCCAACUCUCAGCCCAUUGUUCUUCAGUCUCACCCAUCCACAAGCAGCAGUUCUUCUGAUGGCAUCCGGGAUAACGUACCCUGUUUAAGGGUUAAAAGCACUCCUUUAAAACAAUCCCCAGGCUAUCAGGUAGAACUGGUUACACAGCUUGUAUGGGUCAGCGGAGAACCUCCACAGCAAAUCACCAGUCUGGCCAUAAACUCUGCCUAUGGCCUAGUAGUUUUUGGCAACUGUAAUGGCAUUGCCAUGGUUGACUACAUCCAGAAGACAGUUCUGUUGAAUCUUGGUACAGUUGAACUUUAUGGCUCCAAUGACCCCUAUCAGAGACAGCCAAGGUCACCCCGGAAGACACGGCAGCCCUCAGGAGCAGGUCUUUGUGACAUUAAUGAAACCACUGUAACAACAGAAGACCGUUGUAAAUCCCCAACUUCAGGUUUUACCUCACCCACAUCUUCUGAUGACGAGCAAUCAAUGAAUAAAUUUAUAGAAAAGGUUAAGAGCAAAGGCAGAAAAUUUUCCAAGGCCGUAGCCACUGAUCUAGCAAAGAUGUCAAGGAAGUUGAGCCUACCUACAGAAUUAAAGCCUGAAUUGGUGUUUACAGAUGUCAGGGACAAUUCCUUCAGUCGAUCUCGGAGUUCCAGUGUAACAAGCAUCGACAAGGAAUCACGGGAGGCCAUAUCAGCUCUGCAUUUUUGUGAGACGUUCACCAGAAAACCUGAUAUAUCAACAUCACCAUGCUUAUGGGUUGGAACGACCCUUGGUACUGUGUUAGUCAUAGUGCUGAAUCUGCCACCAGGAGGUGAUCAGAGACUUCUUCAGCCAGUUAUUGUGUCUCCAAGUGGAACAAUACUAAGACUAAAGGGAGCAAUUCUACGUAUGGCAUUUCUGGAUACGGUUGGGAUUUUAAUUCCACCAGCAUUUGAAUCCUGGAGGGAAACCAACGUUCCUGAUGAAAAGGAAGACAAGGAACGAUUGAAAAAACGGAGGCCAGUUUCAGUGUCACCAUCCUCCUCUCAGGAAAUCAGUGAAAACCAAUAUGCAGUGAUAUGCUCUGAAAAGCAAGCAAAAGUGAUCUCAUUGCCAUCUCAGAACUGCAUUCAUAAACAGAACAUAACAGAGACUUCUUUUGUCCUUCGUGGUGACGUAGUGUCAUUGAAUAAUGGUACCUGCCUUGCAUGUUUCUGUGCCAAUGGACAUAUUAUGACUUUUAGUUUGCCAAGUUUAAGGCCGCUGUUGGAUGUAAAUUAUUUGCCGCUUACCAACAUGCGGAUAGCACGGACAUUCUGCUUCACAAACAAUGGACAAGCAUUGUACCUUGUCUCACCUUCAGAAAUACAGAGAAUUACCUACAGUCAAGAAACAUGUGAGAAUUUACAGGAAAUGUUAGGGGAGCUGUUCACUCCAGUCGAAACACCAGAAGCUCCUAACAGAGGUUUCUUCAAAGGCUUGUUUGGUGGAGGAGCACAGUCACUUGAUCGAGAGGAUCUCUUUGGUGAAACUGUGUCUGGAAAAGCACCGAGGAGCCUUGCCCAGCACAUACCUGGCCCAGGAGGCAUUGAAGGAGUAAAGGGAGCUGCCUCAGGAAUAGCGGCAGACCUGGCUCGUGCCCGAUUGGCUCUUGAUGAGAGAGGACAGAAGUUAGGAGAAGCAGAGGAAAGGACUGCCGCCAUGCUUGCGAGCGCAGACUCACUCUCAAAGCACGCUCAUGAGAUGAUGUUAAAGUACAAAGACAAGAAAUGGUAUCAGUUCUGAUGCGACCCCAUUCCAAAUGGCAUAUGUUAAACUUCAUUGGAAACGAAGACCUAAACCCCCCCCCCAAAAAAAGUGCAUCCAUUUCUCUUCAUUUCUUUCUGCAGGACAGUUGGGAGCAAGGGAGUAAACGUUCAACUUUGGUUACUGUUUCCUAGCACAAAUCAUAUACUGUCUUUCCUCGGUCUUGUGGCUUUCACUGAGGAGCAUUACAUUAAAACAAACAAAAAAACAUAAAAAAAAA